ACACAGACGUGGUCAAAGUUGGUUGUGUUUGAUCCGCGCCUAUUGGUACCAAAAUGAACAAGACAACGCCGCAAUAUUCAAAAUGGGCCGAAAGACGAUCUACUCUUGUAUAUGCCCUACGCUCGGCCACCUUCAGCAGCUGGAGGAUGCUGACCCUCGGAGUGGAGUACAACUCGUGGUCUCAGAGCCCAGCAGCGCUGGGCAGAGAGCAGUCCCGGCGGGGGGACACGGAAAACGCCUUGGACCCUGACGGCGUUGCCGUGGCGGAGCAAUUGAGCCCGAAAGCGAGCGCAGACGAAGAUCCGCAUUACUACAGCAAGGUGGUCAAACUGAAGGAAAAUGCCGAUACCUUACCGGUAGCCGGUGAAUAUAAAAACAGCUUAUAUAGGUCUCAGUCCCUUUACGGUGCGCAAAACGCAGAGGCGAUCAGGCCGGAUGAAGGUCCUUGGAGUAUUGUCGAUCUUCAUGAAUCUUUGCAGAAUGAACUUUCCCAGCCCCCGCUGUGCUUCAUAAACAGAAUGGCACGCUUCGGAGAUGAUUUACCUACCCGCUAUGGAGGCGGCGGUCCAGCGGGAGCCGGGCGAGGAGCAGCCCGGCAAGGAGGUCCCCCAGGCGGCCAGAGGAUGUACAAGCAAUCGAUGGCCCAGAGAGCCAGGACAAUGGCCAUAUACAACCCUAUUCCUGUCAAACAGAACUGCUUCACUGUCAAUCGAUCCCUUUUUAUCUUUAGCGAAGACAAUAUCAUACGGAAAUAUGCGAAGAGAAUAAUCGAAUGGCCUCCCUUCGAGUACAUGAUCUUGGCCACCAUCAUCGCCAACUGCAUCGUCUUGGCCCUGGAACAGCACCUUCCUGCCUCGGACAAGACUCCCAUGUCUGAGCGCCUGGAUGACACCGAGCCCUACUUCAUUGGGAUUUUUUGUUUUGAGGCCGGCAUCAAGAUCAUUGCCCUGGGUUUCGCCUUCCACAAGGACUCCUACCUCCGUAACGGCUGGAACGUCAUGGACUUCGUGGUCGUUCUUACAGGGAUUCUGACUACUUUGGGGUCGCAGUUUGACUUGAGGACACUGAGGGCGGUGCGUGUGCUGAGGCCACUGAAACUGGUGUCAGGGAUUCCCAGCCUGCAGGUGGUGCUGAAGUCAAUCAUGAAGGCUAUGGUGCCACUCCUGCAGAUCGGCCUGCUGCUCUUUUUCGCCAUCGUCAUGUUCGCUAUCAUCGGCGUGGAGUUCUACAUGGGCAAGUUCCACCAUACCUGCUUCAAGUUAGACACAAAGGAGCGGGCAGAGGAAUUCCCGUGUGGUACCGAGGCCCCAGCAAGAACGUGCCCCAACGGCACGGAAUGCAGAGAGUACUGGAUCGGCCCCAACUUCGGCAUCACCAACUUCGACAACAUCCUCUUUGCUGUGCUCACUGUCUUUCAGUGCAUCACCAUGGAGGGCUGGGUGGACAUCCUUUAUAAUGCCAAUGACGCCUCAGGAAACAUGUGGAACUGGAUGUACUUCAUCCCGCUCAUCAUCAUCGGGUCCUUCUUCAUGCUGAACCUGGUUCUUGGUGUCCUGUCCGGGGAGUUCGCCAAGGAGCGUGAGCGCGUGGAGAAGCGCCAGGAGUUCCUGAAGCUGCGGAGGCAGCAGCAGAUUGAGCGGGAGCUGACCGGGUACCUGGAGUGGAUAUGUAAGGCAGAGGAGGUUCUCCUAGCUGAAGAAGACAGGAACGCAGAGGAGAAGGCUCCUGUAGAUGACUCCUGGUACAAGAAGAAUCAGAUCAACCCAGUGCUGAAAAGAACAAAGGCCAAGAAGAAUAAAAACGACCUCAUCAGUGCUGAAGAGGGUGAGGAGCAUUUCACGGACAUCACCUCAGUCGGAACCCCCUUUGCCCGGACUAGUGUGAAGAGCACGAAGAACGACAGCUCCUCCUACUUCCGGCGCAAGGAGAAGCGUCUUCGAUUCUUCAUCCGUCGCAUGGUGAAGGCCCAGAGCUUUUACUGGAUCGUGCUGUGCGUGGUGGGGCUUAACACGCUGUGUGUAGCCAUGGUGCAUUAUGACCAGCCAGAAUGGCUCAGCAACGCCCUGUACUUGACUGAGUUUGUGUUCUUGGGCCUGUUUUUGAUGGAGAUGACCCUGAAGAUGUAUGGACUUGGGCCUCGAAACUACUUCCAUUCUUCCUUCAACUGCUUUGACUUUGGGGUGAUUGCGGGAAGCAUCUUUGAGGUGGUUUGGUCCCUCAUCAAGCCUGGUGCCUCGUUUGGCAUCAGCGUCCUGAGAGCCCUCCGCUUGCUCCGGAUCUUCAAGGUCACAAAGUACUGGAACUCCUUGAGAAACCUGGUCGUCUCUCUGCUCAGCUCCAUGAAGUCCAUCAUCAGCCUGCUCUUUCUCCUCUUUCUCUUCAUCGUGGUCUUUGCUCUCUUGGGCAUGCAGCUCUUUGGAGGCCAGUUUAACUUCGAACAGGAGACCCCAACAACAAACUUUGAUACCUUUCCUGCUGCUAUCCUCACUGUUUUCCAGAUUCUGACUGGAGAAGACUGGAAUGCAGUGAUGUAUCACGGAAUAGAGUCCCAGGGAGGAGUCAGUCGGGGGAUGUUCUCAUCCAUCUACUUCAUUGUCCUCACGCUUUUUGGAAACUACACACUUCUCAAUGUCUUCUUAGCCAUCGCUGUUGACAACCUGGCCAAUGCGCAGGAGCUCACAAAGGAUGAAGAAGAGCAGGAGGAAGCAGCCAAUAAAAAGCUUGCUCUCCAGAAGGCCAUGGAGGUAAAGGAGGUCAGCCCGAUGUCGGCAGCAAACGUUUCAAUUUCAGCUUUUGUAAAGCAAAAUCAAGGUGCGCUCUCUCUCAGCUCCUCCCUCUCCAGCGUUAAUUCACCCAAAGAGCAGCCGAAAUCCAUGCGGAUGAUGUCAGUGUGGGAGCAGCGAACGACACAGCUUCGCAGGCACAACCUGCGCGCCAGCAAUGAGGCCCUGUACAGCGAGUUGGAUCCUGAGGACCGCCGCCGUUUGUCCUCCACCCUGCACAUCAGGCCUGAUAUGAAGACUCACCUGGAGCGCCCCCUGGUGGUAGAGCCACACAACGGCGAAACCUGUGACAGCAGCGGAGGCAGCAGUGGCAGCAACGGGGAUGUGCCAAAGGAGGACGAUUGGGUGGGGGGAAGUGAGAAGGGGACUCCCAGGGAGCCUCUGUCCUCCCACCACCCUCGCAAGCACCAUCGGCGGCGGGAGCAUCCUCCCGGGGAAGUCGAUGGUGCUGGAGAGGCGGGUGUGGGGAAGGAUGGCCGGCGUCAUGCCCACCACGGCCGUGGGGGGGAGAGCAAGACGGAACAGGGCCAUGGUGGCCAACGGCGGCACCACCACCACGGCGCACCAGACAAAGGGGGCGGAGCCAAUGAGAAGGAGCACCGCCGGCACCACGGCCACCGUCAACCCAAGGAGGGUAAUGGUAUACUCAGUGGGGGAGGCAAGGCGGAGCAUCGGGGGCGGCACAGGGAGGCUGAGAGGACAUCGGCAGAGCCCCAAGGGGAGGCCGAAGGGAAUGGAGAAAGAAGGAGACAUCGGGUCCGCCACAUCAAAGCCCAGUCUACCAUCGAUGGGGAGGAGAGCAAAGACAACGGGCAGAGGGAUGGCACCAAGGCCCGCCGGCACAGGGAAAGACAUGUGGACAUUGUGGUGAGUGUACCCCCCCUAAGCCUUCACCCAGCUGCUGGAGAGAAGCAGGAAGAUGUCGACAAUCAAAAGAACAUCCUGCGUUCCAGCCAGACUGCUGUCCACAUCCCAGUCACCAUCACUGGCCCCCCUGUGGAGACUACCAUCAUACCUAUGAACAACAUUGACUGUGAAUCCCUCCCACCAAAUGAAGAGAAGAAGAUCCUGGAGGACCAGACAGUGAACAGUCCCCAGCAGAUCCCAUCCUACAGAUCCAUGUUUAUGUUUGGUCAGAACAACCCGGUUCGCCGCUUGUGCCACUACGUGGUGACGCUGCGCUACUUUGAGAUGUGCAUCCUGAUGGUCAUCACGAUGAGCAGCAUCGCACUCGCCGCUGAGGACCCUGUGCAGGCCGCUUCUCCACGCAACAAUGUGCUCAAGUACCUAGACUACAUCUUCACAGGCGUCUUCACUUUUGAGAUGGUGAUUAAGAUGAUUGAUCUGGGCCUCUUGCUUCACCCUGGCUCUUACUUCCGGGACCUGUGGAACAUUCUGGACUUCAUUGUGGUCAGCGGUGCCCUGGUGGCCUUCGCGUGCACGAGUUUCAUGGGGGGGACAAAAGGCAAAGAUAUCAACACCAUCAAGUCCCUCCGGGUUCUCCGGGUCCUGCGACCUCUGAAGACCAUCAAACGGCUCCCCAAACUCAAGGCUGUGUUUGACUGCGUGGUCAACUCUCUGAAGAACGUGCUCAACAUCCUCAUCGUCUACAUACUCUUCAUGUUCAUCUUCGCCGUCAUUGCCGUGCAGCUGUUCAAGGGCAAGUUCUUCUACUGCACCGAUGAGUCCAAGAGUCUGGAAAAGGACUGCAGGGGGGAAUUUUUGGACUAUGACAAGGACGAGGUGUCGGCCAGGCCACGGGAGUGGAAGAAGUACGAUUUCCACUAUGACAACGUGCUGUGGGCGUUCCUCACCCUCUUCACCGUCUCCACUGGCGAAGGCUGGCCCAUGGUGCUGAAGCAUUCAGUUGAUGCCACCUACGAGGACCAAGGCCCAAGUCCAAGCUUCCGCAUGGAGACGUCCAUCUUCUAUGUGGUCUAUUUUGUGGUCUUCCCCUUCUUCUUUGUCAACAUCUUCGUGGCCCUGAUCAUCAUCACUUUCCAGGAGCAGGGAGACAAGGCCAUGUCGGAGUGUAGCUUGGAGAAGAACGAGAGGGCCUGCAUCGACUUCGCCAUCAACGCCAGACCCCUCACACGCUACAUGCCUCAGAACAAGCAGUCCUUCCAGUAUAAGAUGUGGAAGUUUGUGGUAUCGACACCCUUCGAGUACUCCAUCAUGGCCAUGAUCGCCCUCAACACGGUGGUGCUCAUGAUGAAGUUCUAUAAAGCUCCUGAUGAGUACGAGAACAUGCUGAGGUUCCUGAACAUGAUCUUCACAGCCCUCUUCUCACUGGAGUGCAUUUUUAAGAUCAUCGCCUUUGGACCUCUUAAUUACAUGAAGGAUUCCUGGAACGUGUUUGACUUUGUGACCGUGCUGGGAAGCAUUACAGAUAUUUUGGUCACAGAGAUCAGGAUGAUAAGCAAAACUACAGACAAGCAGAUUAACCUGAGCGUCCUAAGACUGUUCCGAGCCGCCCGGCUCAUCAAGCUGCUCCGCCAGGGCUACACCAUUCGCAUCCUCCUCUGGACCUUCGUGCAGUCCUUCAAGGCCUUGCCCUACGUUUGCCUUCUGAUCGCCAUGCUGUUUUUCAUCUACGCAAUCAUCGGGAUGCAAGUUUUCGGGAACAUCGAGCUCGAUGAGAGAACCUCCAUCAACCACCACAACAACUUCCGCACCUUCUUCCAGGCCCUCAUGCUGCUCUUCAGGAGUGCCACGGGGGAGGCCUGGCACGAUAUCAUGCUUUCGUGUCUCAGUCUUCGGGACUGCGACAGUGCGUCCGGCCUUGAAAAAAAGGAGUGCGGCAGCGACUUCGCUUAUUUCUACUUUGUCUCCUUCAUCUUCCUUUGCUCCUUCCUGAUGCUGAAUCUGUUCGUGGCUGUCAUCAUGGAUAACUUUGAAUACCUAACCCGGGACUCGUCCAUAUUGGGGCCGCAUCACCUGGACGAAUUCAUCCGCGUGUGGGCAGAGUACGACCCUGCUGCUUGUGGCCGCAUCACCUACCUCGAUAUGUACGAGAUGCUGCGCCACAUGUCCCCCCCUUUAGGCUUGGGAAAGAAAUGUCCGCCCCGAGUGGCCUACAAGCGGCUGGUGAGGAUGAACAUGCCCAUCGCUGAAGACAACACGGUGCACUUCACCUCCACCCUCAUGGCCCUCAUCCGCACGGCGCUGGAGAUCAAGCUGGCGUCAGGUGUGGUGGCCCAGCGGCUCUGUGACGCCGACCUCAAGAAAGAGAUCAGCAACGUGUGGCCCAGCCUGCCUCAGAAGACCCUGGACCUGCUGGUCACGCCUCAUAAACACAAUGAGCUGACUGUGGGUAAAGUGUACGCUGCUCUCAUGAUCUUUGACUACUACAAGCAAAACCGUGCCAAGAAGCUCCAACAACAGCAGCAGCUCUCUGGGGUCAACCAGGGUAAAAUGGGCAUGAGCACCCUCUUCAGGCCCAUCCUGCCACUGACGCACCUCCAAGACCAAGAGCCCCCUGUCAGUGUCUCCACACCAGGAAUGAAGGCGGAGCCGCAAACCAAGUCCCCGCUGGAUGUGCCCUCCGCCGUUCUGUCUUUGACCAAUGGCACUGCAGGCCAAGGCCCAGCCAGCACCCGUAAAGAGUCCCCCCCCAGAGUGAGAGAGAAGUCUCGUGAAGUACCUCGAGGACAGGGGAGACGGACCCCCCAGAGGGACCAGUCGGAGGAACUUCCCCCCAGAAUCAAAGCUCAGGAAUCAGUGGAGAUGAUGGAGAUGCAACAUGACACUAAUGAUGGAAGCCUCUCUGGGCUGGAGAGCCAGGGACGGGCAGCAUCCAUGCCCAGGCUGAAUGCCCAGGGUCAGCCACUUCCAGACGCCAGCCCCAUGAAACGCUCCGUGUCCACCCUCGCCCCCCAGCACCACCCCCCGGAGAUCAAUCUGCGUGACUAUGCCCUGGAGCGGCCGGCCCAGGAGCGGCCUCACCAUCACCACCAUCACCACCACCGCUGCCACCGGCGCCGCGAGAGGGAGAGAAAGCAGAGGUCGCAAGAGCGGACGGCUGCGUCAGAGCAGGCGGCCCUUGCUGAAUCCCCCGAAGAGCCAGAGGGGGCGCUCUCCUCAUGGCAGCGGGCACCAGAGCGGGGGCGGUCACAUGAGCGCAAGCCGCCGCCCUCGUCAUCCACGGGGGGUGAGAGGAAGCAGCGGUACUACUCCUGUGACCGCUACGGCAGCCGCGAGCUGUACCACCCCCGGUCGGCUGCGGCCAGCCGCUCCACCUCCCCCAGCGAGGCCUCAGAGCUGGGUCUGAACAAGCAGGGCAGUGGCUCCACUAGGGGGAGCCUGGUGACCCUGACCUCCGGGGGCAGCACCCCCAGCCGCGGACGUCGCCAGCUGCCCCAGACCCCCCUCACCCCCCGACCCAGCGUGGCAUACAAGACUGCCAACUCCUCCCCCGUGCUGCUGGGGACGGCGCGCGCCACUCUGCCCGCCCCGAGCUCAUCUGGGUGGGAUGCGCUCCAGCAACGUGGCGGCGGGCAGCCCGAGAAGGCAGACGUUUUCCAGGACGCGCUCGGCUCUCAGGGGGUGUACCCCGCUCAGACUCCUGGCCCCCAGGGCCUGGCGCUGCACCCGCCAGCCCAACGCGGCCGGGGCGUCCCCAACGGGUACCACUUUGCCCUGGGCAUCCCAGCGGGAUCCGGCUCUGCCACCAGGGGGCGCAGUCGCCAUCAGGAGAAGGAGGAUGAUUGGUGCUAGUGUGGCUUAAAUGCCAAAACAAGAGAUCAAUGAUAAGUUUUGAUGAGAUGAGUUUUAUCAUCUUUACAGAGGCAGCAGUUUACACUGGCGUGUGUGUGUGUGCGCGUGCAUGUGUGUGUGUAUGUGUGUGUGUGUGCACUUAGCUUUGGGUAUUUCUGUGUAUGUAUGCAUGUGUAUCUGUUUUCAAAAGUGCAUAAUAGAGAAGUAAAACAUCCAAUUAUAGGGGUAAAAAGGGAGAAAAUCUCAAGGAUUGUCCAAUAUUUUCAUUUCAAAAUCUUUUUUUUAACAACCAGUAACCUGAAAUGAGUCUCAACAACAGAAAGAAAAAAAAAUCCUUUUAUUUGUGGUGGAGAAAAAAUAUCCUCUCCUGAUUUGGGGCCACAAGAAGGAUACAAAAUAUACAGCGUUUCUGUUGAUUAUUCGCCCCUUUGAGAGACGAGUCGUUAACAGGAAAUGCCAGAAUCCCAUCUCAUCUGGGGGAGAAAGAACUUAGAUGCAGAUACUUUUUAUAAGGAGACAGGAGACCUAAAUACACAGCACAAUGACUGCUGCUAGGACGUUUCCUUCUGUUCCAACGCUGUAGUAUUUUAUAGGCGAGAACAACUUAUGUAAUGAUAAUAGAUGUACAGGAAGGAUAGUGUUCACUGUAGGUGACAUCUGGAGUUUGCUGCCGUUUCACGGAAAUGCCCCCAGAGUUUGUGAGCAAACUAUUUCACAAGGAGAGGACAAAAAUAAAGGGACAGAAAAUAAAAAUUCCUUUUGAUUUCCGACAACUUAGGGUAGACCUUACCUUUUAAUCGCGUGCGUUUCUGUAGACUGUAAACAGGACAGUGUUCUUUGUGAAUUUUCGUGUCAUUAUGUAACAUUGUCAGAUUGAGAGUCUCCCGCGUCCUGCUCCAGCUGAUGAUUACCAAGUGCCUAACCUUCUAAAUGUCUUAUAGAAACAAUGCAAGCGUUUCAUUUUUUAUUUUUUUUUUUGAUCGCUUUAGCAUUUGGGUGGGAGGUGUGUAAAAGUAGUCAUGAGGGAUUUUUAUUAACCAUGUUAGAUACAGACAUUAGUUGUAAGUUGUGAGAUGCGUAACAAUAUUUCUCUAGUAUUUUAAAUUAUAUAUUGUACCUAGAUGAUAAAGGACUUUAAUAAAAAUAGUGCCAAAUUGAGAGGAAUAUAUCAAGAUAUCAUAGUGCAUGUCUGGAAUAAUAGAAAUGUAUGGUUAAAGCCACAUCUGCCAGCUAAAACAGCCAGAAUUACUUAGAUGGACCCAACUGUGUGGGAGUGGUGGGCUGACUGCUUGUGGUUGGUAUGUGUGGAGGGUCUUCCUCUGCUCAGGUUAUAUGUUGUCAGCCUCCGUGUAAUCAGUCCCGAAAGCUGGAGUCCAAGCUCUGGCACCGGGACACUGGGUCCCUCUAUUCCUCUUAAGUCUCCAUGAUCCCCACCGAUGGCGCCCUCCCAGAAGCCUCUUCCUGUGCCCACAGUUGGGGUUAUAUUCCCUCCAGAGGAAGGGAUUACCCCAACCGUUCAGGUGUAUGGGGUCAGCGAUGCCACUUUUUGGGACAUUCAUCCCAGUAACGUGAAAGGGGACUUUCUUACUGUAGGUGGCCGGUUUUGCUUUAGGAAGCGCCGUUCGCUGGUCCUCGGUCCACUUGGACCCAGCCGCCGGCUGGUUUAUGGUGAGUAGGGUGUCAAGUCAACGGGAGAGUCGCGAAUCACAUGGAUUCUGUGACCGCAACACCGGCUCAGGUUUAAGUAGUAAGUAGCUGUCCGUCGAUCUCUCCAAGCAGUGUUCCGUGUGUGCCAUCGCCAUCCUGGCAAGGCUAUGUAUUUUUCUCCAUUUACCCCCCCCCCUCCCCCACCCCAAAAAAAAUGGAUCUUAGGGAUAACACCCGUGUGUAAGUGGAGCCACCUGUGGUCCAUGGAUAGGUUGUCGUUUUCUCCAUUGCAGUCCCGAGUACCACAAAAGCGGGCCGGGCCACAACCUGACACUCUGUAGCAUGACUGACCAAAUCCCUCACGGAGCUGCAGGAUAUAAAUGCACACUGUAUAUACACGCAAAAGUAUGACACAUGUAAAGGCACAAUAAUAAUAAUAAUCUGACCAAUCAGCAAGUGGAUGUGUGAUUUUAAUGGAAAACUGCACCUAUCACAGCCUCGCUUGUGGAGCUCAAGAAGUGUUGCUUUGAAACGAGACGAAGAGUCGAUGUCAUCAUGAUGACAACUCGUAUGGGCAUUUUUAAUUAUCUUUGUCUUUUCUCCCCUUGACGCUCAGCACUAGCCAAUGAGGAACGACUUAGUGGUACAGAGAAUUUGCUUUAUGGGUCAUUAAUCCAUAUAAGCGUUCGUCUCAUUAAUGAGGAGGGUUUGAGUCUGCCAUAAUUAUUUGGUUUCUCUGCCAAAUAAUCACCCCUACCUACUGUGACUGUUCUACUGUCAUUAGCCCCCCCCCCCCCAUCAAAUUAGUCAUCCUCACUUUUUUAUUUUAAAUUAUUUCAUCCAGCUUGAAAAAGCAAUGUUUGCAUGUGUGGAGAAAAAAAGUAUGUGCAUGUAAAAAAAAUAUAUAUAUAUCCUUAUUCAUUUUUUAAAUAUGUCUUCACCAGUUAUUGAUUUCUGAUCUUUGAUAUAAACUGGACGUUUAUGGAAAAAAAGACACUUAUAUUCCAUGAACAGUGUUGAACAUCAUAAAAAGGUUUUCAGGCAACAGAGAGGAAUCAGAGGUAACUGUCCCACUGAUUGCUGCCUGAUUGCUGUGUGAUGGCCAUAAGCCUGCCGUUGUUUCUACCGUAUAUUUUGUAUGAGGCGUACUCCUUGGACUAAAA